AUGUCGCGGGUGCCUUCUCGCCGCCUGUGUCGGGCGCUGCUGCUCCUCCUCCUCGCCCUGCUCUCCGGAGGCGCUUCCGAGGAAGCCCCGACGGCGGAGCAGCGCUGCUUUUGUCAGGUCACUGGCCAUUUAGAUGACUGCACUUGUGAUGUUGAGACAAUUGAUACCUUCAACAAUUAUGAACUUUUCCCCCAGUUGCAAGAACUUCUACAAAGUGAUUAUUUCAGAUAUUACAAGGUUAACUUAAAGAAGCCUUGCCCUUUCUGGAGUGAUGGUAGUCACUGUGGAGUUAGACACUGUGCUGUUAAUCCAUGCUCAUCUGAAGCAGUUCCUUGUGGAAUUAGAUCAGAGACUAAUAAGUAUUCAGAAGCAGCAGCUGCCGCGCUCUCUGCUGAAAGCUGUGGAAAAGCAGAAAACCUUGGGGCUGUUGACAAAUCUUUGAGUGAAGAAACUGCACGAGCUAUGAUUCAAUGGACUCAGCAUGAUGACUCUUCAGAAAACUUUUGCGAAGCUGAUGAUAUCCACUCUCCUGAAGCAGAGUAUGUAGAUUUGCUUCUUAAUCCGGAACGUUACACUGGCUACAAAGGUCCUGAAGCCUGGAAGAUUUGGAACAGUAUUUAUGAAGAAAACUGUUUUAAGCCGCGCUCGGUAAAAAGGCCUUUAAAUCCACUGGCAUCUGGCAGAGCAGCAAGAGAAAAUGAAGGGAAUAUGUUUUACAGCUGGUUGCAAGAUCUCUGUGUGGAGAAGAGAGCUUUCUACAAACUUAUUUCUGGUCUUCAUGCAAGCAUCAACAUUCAUCUCAGUGCCAGAUACCUUUUGCAAGACACAUGGGCAGAGAAGAAAUGGGGGCACAAUGUUACAGAGUUCCAGCUGCGUUUUGAUGAGGUCUUGACACAAAGCGAAGGUCCCAGGAGGCUGAAGAACCUGUAUUUCAUCUAUCUAAUUGAGUUACGGGCCCUCUCAAAAAUUUUGCCCUUUUUUGAACGCCCUGAUUUCCAGUUGUUCACAGGGGACGAGGAUCAAGAUGUAAAAACCAAGAACCACCUCCUGGAAAUUCUUCAUUUAAUUAAAUCUUUUCCUUUGCACUUUGAUGAAAAUUCACUUUUUGCUGGAAACCAAAAAGAAGCUGCUAAGUUAAAGGAGGAAUUUCGGUUCCAUUUUAAGAACAUUUCAAGGAUCAUGGAUUGUGUAGAGUGCCUGAAAUGUCGCCUUUGGGGGAAGCUGCAAACUCAGGGCUUGGGAACAGCACUGAAGAUUCUGUUUUCUGAAAAACUGAUAGAAAAUAUACCAGAAAAAGGUCCUUCGCAUGAUUUUCAUCUAACAAGGCAGGAGAUUGUGUCCCUCUUCAAUGCUUUUGGAAGGAUUUCAACAAGUGUUAAAGAAUUAGAAAACUUCAAGGAACUCUUACGCCCACUUCAGUGAAUUGACCCUGAUGGAGACCAACUUCCUUGUUUUAUGCAGAUUGGGCUCAGAGUGAUUUCUGCUGGUGUAGUGCCAGCAUGAUCCCAUUCUUGGCAAGAAGGACUAAGUCAACAUGAUCAUAAAAAUUGAUCACAUUCUCUAGCUUACAAAUUUAUAUUUGGCUUUGAGGUAGCUAAAAUAUUCAUGCAAGACUCUUCUUCCAGAGGAGGAUAUACAUCAAAUAUUGGCCUUAUGCAUUCUGUCUUCUUAAAACACACACACACACACACACACACAUCCAUACAUCCAUCAUGAAGGUGGGAGAAUUAUAUCCUUCCUGCAAAUUGCUGAAAUACAACUUUCGGCAGCCUUUUUCAGCAUGACCAUUAGUGAGAGAUGCUAGGAGUUGUACUUCACCAAUAUGUGAAGGACUUCAGGUUUCUUACCCCUUGUUUACUAGGUUUCUUCCAGCCUGAAGGAUCUUAGCGCUACUAAUAAAAAGGCACAGUGCAGCUAUUCUAUACACUUUUCUAUUUGUGGAAGGAAAAGGCUAGUUGAGAAAACCAUGGUUACAAAUGAGACAUGAUGACAUCACCUGGAUCCCCUGCAAAGCAACUGCAUGAUAAAAUGCCUCAUUUAGACACAUGAUUAGAAUCUCUUCAUCUUACAUAACAAUGUCUCUUAACAAAAAAUA